AUGGCUGCCGAACUAAGAGAUCUCGUCAGUCGUCGGGGAAUAAUGAAGCGGCAGAUCACUGCCUUUCAGAAAUUCUUUGACAACGGCAACUUUUCAAAUCCAUCAACGGUCAUGGAACUAGGAAUGCGAACUACGAGGCUUGAAGCUGCUUAUGGAGACUUCCUCAACAGUCAAACUCGUAUAGAAAUAUUGGAUCCCCGUGAAGAACAGCUAGAAGAACGCUUGGCUGUAGAAACAGCCUACUAUGAGACUAUUUCACCGGCUAUGGUCUUUCUUGAAUCUACAAAAACAAAUCAAAGAAGAGCAAGCGAAGCCUCAAGCCGCCAAGGCUCUGCGGACAACAUGGGACGAUAUGACACUCAAUCAACUAUAAGACUGCCGCCAAUCUCACUGCCGGAAUUCAGCGGAGAUUACAAACAGUGGCUGAGCUACCGGGACACGUUUGAAUCACUUGUUCAUAGCAACAACCGCCUUCCGGAUAUCCAAAAAUUGCACUAUCUCAAAUCUUCAUUGAAAAACGAGGCGGCUCAAGUCAUUGAGUCCUUGGAAACUUCAUCUGCGAACUAUAUGUCAGCUUGGGAACAGUUACGCGAACGAUAUGACAACAAUCGAAAAAUGGUCGGAAUCCACAUCCAUGCAGUAUGCAGUAUGUCACCAAUAGCAAUAGCAUCGUCAGUUAAUUUGAGAAGGCAUCAGAACGGUUUAAAUAGUCAUCUACGAGCCUUGAAGGCUCUCAAGCUUCCGGUAGAACAUUGGGAUGCUCUGGUCAUCCACCUAAUGGUAGAAAAAUUGGACGUGGAAUCACACCGUCUGUGGGAAUCUAGCCGCUCCAGUGACUCACUUCCUUCAAUGCAAGAUUAUCUGACAUUCUUGAAUCAACGAUGCCUGAUUCUGGAGUCCAUUGAAACAAGAUCAAACUACGGUCAAGCAGCGCGACUAACCUCAUAUGACGACAACACUAAUCAGUACGCACCAAAAAGCGAUCCUACACACCGCCUUCGCCACUACUGA